GGACGACCUCCGCAACUGCGAACCCGCGCAGCGCAGCCGCGGCACCGCACCGGCGGUCUCCGCGUGGAAAGAUAGGAGGUAGAAGGAUACGGCGGCGAUUCAGUGGGUGGAAAGAGACAAGAGAAGCCAUCAUCCAUCGAUCUUGGGCGAUCGUUCGGUCCUCUGUGGUUUGGAGUCCGAUUUUUGUUUCUGUUUGAACAGUCCUAGGGAGGGAGUGCAAAAUGCGGAAGAGGGACUUAGCAGUCCUGCUCUUAGCUGCGUUUGCUGUCUUCUACUCAGUGCAGCAUGAAGGUGGUCUUCAUUUUAAACAAGCAUGGUACAUCGUUGGUGAUGAACCGGGGCCAUUCGCGCAUGAGAGCGAGAAAGUGCCCCUUCCACUUGUCACGGAUUUAAAUGGCGAUGGCCGGAAUGAAAUUGUUGUAGCAACCCAUGAUGCCAAGAUUCAGGUCUAUAAGCCUCGGGUAGCAGGGCAUGAUGAUGACUCCUUCUUCCCUGCCAGGCUUUUGGCGGAGGUCUCGUUGUUGCCAGAGCAUGUCAGAAUCCAGAAGGGAAGAAGGGCGGUGGCUAUGGCGGCGGGGUACUUGCAGCGCAAAGUACCCAAGAUGCCGCGGAAGCAAGCGAUCGUUGUCGUCACCGCUGGAUGGCACAUCCUUUGCUACGACAGCAAUCUGAGACUCAUCUGGGAUCAAAAUGUACAGGAACAUUUCCCCCAUGGCGCACACAUAAAGGAGAUAGCGAUCGUAGUUUCUAAUUAUAGCAUGCGUGCUGGUGAUCUGGGGUCUGUCAUUGUUGGCGGAAGUAUGGAGGUGGUACCCGAGGAGGAAUGGAAUAUCGACAAUAAUGAAGAAGAGGAUGUCGAGAAGUUAGAGGAAGCCCACAGCCAGGCUGGUAAUGACAAGGAGGAAUUGGAAGAUCUGACAGAUCGUGGGAUUGGGGGCCUGGAGCGCCAUUUCUCGUACUAUGCGUUCGAUGGACGCUCUGGAAAACUAAGAUGGCAUCAUAAUAGCACGGAUUUUCGCCGCGCUGCCCUGAGAGGUGAUCCCUCGUCCGCACUUGUGCCACAACAUAACUACAAGCUCGAUGCGAAUGCACUGCUUGGAAGCCGUCAUAUUGGAGAGCAUGAUUGCCGGGAUUAUCGAUGGUCUGUUCUGGGAUCAUUGCCACACAGUUGGGAUCAUCGGCCCGACACAAAGUUUGAACUGGCGCAUUUUCGGAAGAUGCCGAAAGGGCUGCAGAAGAAGCAUGGAGGGGCCAAGAAGAUCGGAGAUCCACACAAACGCAUCGGGAAAGAGUUGGGGAAUGCUGUGACGAGGACACUGGAAAAAGUUGUCGGUGCAGCGAAGGGUGGUUCCACGGGUGCAAAGGUACAGAUGCUUGCGAAGGGUGGUUCCACGGGUGCAAAGGUUCGCAACGAGAUCCGUGAUUCAUUCUACCGACCGACCCAUGUGGGAAAUAAAUCGGGUCAUUGGUGGGCACCAAAUACUAUAGUCGCACAUCUGAGCGAUGGAAUCGAGGCAAUCCAUCUAUACACAGGACGGCCCAUCUGCAGAAUGAAUCUUCCAAGUGGCGGCCUGCAUGCAGAUGUCAAUGAUGACGGCGUAAUCGACCAUGUGCAGGUCGCUGGCGGACAUGGUGGCGAAGUCGUGUUUCCAACUGGCAUGGAUGAAGCGUUGAAGCCUUGUUGGGCGAUCGCUACCACAGGUAUGCCCGUUCGGGAGCAGUUGUUUAAUGGGAGCGUGUGUGCGGACCGCCAGUUUGCAUCGCGGUUCGCUUUCCGCACGGAGGGCUCGACGUUGACAGUGGCCAGACCUGUACUUCUCCCAAGAAACAAAGUGAAGAAGCAUCGGACUGUCGGCGGUGGAGUGUUGUUCUUGACGAGCCGUGGAGAUGUCACAGCAUUUGCUGUGGAGAACACUCACAUGCAGCACCAAGGACGGCACGCGAAGAAGUUAUGGCAGAUCAGGACUGAGGCCACAUGGCAGGUGAGAGCUACCAACGAAGAUUCCGGAGAUGACGGCGUGGCCGACCAUUUCUUCCAGCCGGUACCGACCAUUCAUGUCAUGGCCAGUCGUGUCGGUGGACCCCAGGACGUAAUCGUGGUUGCAGGUGAGAACGCGGCAGUGUUCAUCACUCCGUUCGGGGCGACGUUCGGCGGUCUGUACUUGCCGUCGUUGCCGACCGAAGAACUGCAAUUCGCCGACUUCAACAACGACGGGCUGACGGAUAUCAUCCUCGUGAGCGGACAAAGUUAUUAUGGGUUCCAACAAAGGCGAUCGCCAGGAAUGUCUCUGUUCUCGGCAGCACUCGGAGUGCUCAUAUUGAUAAUGAUUGGGGUUUUGAUCGUGCAGCACAUUUCACACCCCAAAAAGCCCCGGUCCUCCGGACGUGCAGACUCGUAAGAUUCAGAGGCAGAGAGAAAGGUUUACAUACACAGAGAGAAAUUUUCUUUUUAUAGAGCAAAAAAAUGUUUUUCAGAGAGAAACGUGUUUUUGAAGAUUUGAGUACAAACGUUGUGGUAUUUUCAAUUUUGUGUGAAGCCGUGCACAGGUUAGCGCGAAGCUGGCAGUCGUUGAUCCACCAAGGAAGCGUGCGCACCAGAUCGCUGUAGAUGCAACUGAUGCCUGUUGCCACAUCUGGGAGGACCAUGCCUUCCCUCUUUCUUUCUUUCUUUCUAUCCGACCCGCGUCUCCUAAACUAACAUCCGCGGUGUUUAACUCUGUAAUCAAGUAACUUGAUGUUUGCAAUCAAGUAGCUUGUUUAUG